GAUAUAAUAUUAAAUUAAUCCCAUAAUACAGUGUAUCAAUGUCAGAGGAUCUUUUAGAUACACAAACGUAUGUUAACAGUAUUAGUUUACAGUUACUUCUCCAAGAAUUAGUACCGACAUCAAUUCGAGUUUCUCAUAAAUUACUUGAUUCAACAAGUUCAACCACUUCACCUUCUUCAACUGUACUUUUUACUGAUUCUGAUGAAGCUACUACAAUAGAUCAACAAUUAUCACUGAUACCUAAAGAUCUUCCUGGUACAGUACAUGUUCUUGAUUCCUCAUUGUUAUCUGAUGAUGAAGUAACUCUUCGAAUUGAGAAUUAUGGAUAUAAUUUAGGACUUAAAUUAGCAGAUGUUCUACUUUAUAAAACAAAUAAUAAGAAUGGUAAUAUUAAUAAUAAAAUAAUAGAUAUAUUAGAUAUAAUGAAAUUUGUAUGUCGAGAUGUUUGGAAAUGUCUAUAUAAUAAACAAAUGGAUAAUUUAAGAACAAAUCAUCGAGGUACAUUUGUACUUGUUGAUAAUAGUUAUAAAUUAAUUGCUAAUUUAAAUAGUGCAAAGGGAGCUCAUGAUACUUUAACAAAAUCUAAAACUUAUCUUUGGUUACCAUGUGGAAUAAUACGAGGUACAUUAAUGAAUUUUGGAGUAGAAUCUACUGUUACGGCAGAGAUUACACAAUUCCCAGCUGUAACUUUUAAUAUUCAUACAGCCAUUAAUAAUUAAUAAUUAAUAAUUAAUAAGUAAUAAUUAAUAAUUAGUAAUUAGUAAUUAAUUCCUCCCUCAUAAUUAUAUAGUAUCUACG